AUGUCUUAUUACAACGGAAAUAACAACAGAGGCCAUCGCCGCAAUGGAUACAAUAAUAACGAUGGAUUUAACAAUAACAGAAACCCUCUAAGUGAUCGUAUAGAUUCAAACUCAAACAACUAUCGUGUGGAAAUCCGGCAAUGGCAAGGUGGUUCUCGUGAUAACCUCGUAGACUUUAUCUUCAAAAAAUCUCGCAUCAAUUUGCAAAACGUUCGUGUCAGCGGCCCUGUUCUUCAUGCAACUAUUCGUCGUGAUGAAUCUACCAUCCUUGCAAAGUAUUCCGGCAUCCGCUUUGCUGGUAGUGCUCUCGACAUUAAAGUUUUUGACUCCAAUGGAAACUCAAUCGACGGCCAAGGAAAUAACGACAAUAAUAACAACACUAACAAAAACAACAACAACAAUAAUAAUAAUAAUAAUAGAAACAGCAAAGGAUUUUCAUCUGGAGCACGUAAUGCUAUUGAACUUCUUAAGGAGUACCUCAUUAGCCACUACAAUUCCGAUAUCAAGUUCUUGAACCUCGAAAACAUGCCUGCCGAUAACUUCCUUGUUACUCAUGGCCUAUUUUCUUCAUCUUCCACUACAUCAAAGUUUUUCCCAGCUCUCAUGAAAGUCGCAGAUACUGCUCUACCCCAAAUUGAAAGUGUGAGUCUUGCAUCCAACGGGCUUGUGGAUGUCGCUGCUGUCACUACUUUAGCAGCCACUUUCCCUCGUCUUAAAAAUUUAUCAUUAGCAAAUAACAACAUUGCAAAUGCAUCUAGUCUCGACAAUUGGCAACACAAGUUCCCUCAUCUCCGUGAACUUAUUCUUUCCGGUAAUCCCAUCUCGGCUUUGCCCACUUACAAGGACGAUAUGAUCAAGAUUUUCCCCAAACUCAUUGUUCUCGACGGUCAAGUUAUCCAAGAUGAAAACACUGUUGGUCGUCUUAAACUGCCUGUCCCCAUUCGACACAACUUUUUCGAAAAUGAACAACUCCAAAACAUUGCUGGAUCUUUCCUGACCACCUUUUUUGAUUUCUAUGACCGCGACAGAUCCCAGCUUUUGCCUUUAUACAGCGACCAGUCCACUUUUUCAAUCAGUGUCAACUCUAAUGCUCCAAAACAAAUUGGGGGAGCUCAUGGCUCUAAUCCGACUCAACAAAUCUGGAACUCUUACAUGCCAUUUUCUAGAAACUUGAUGAAGGUUACUGCUCCCAAUAAUCGCAUAAACAGAAUUCACUUUGGUACACAGUCCAUUGCCACAGCUUUCCAAAAACUUCCACCUACCAGACACGAUUUGACGCCUGAAAAGUUCUCUGUUGAUGUAUGGAGCGUUUCUUCGGUGCAUGCUCCUGGAGACCAAGGUAUGAUGGUUGCUAUUCAUGGCGAAUACUACGAACAAAACAACAAGUUGCACAGCUUUGAUCGCAGCUUGGUUGUUCUCCCAGGACCUUCGGGGAACAUGAUUGUUGUCUCGGAUAUGCUGACUGUGCGCCCUUACUCUGGCUACGAUGGCUGGAAAGAAACAAACACACAGCCAGCUUCUGGAGCUGGCCCACAAGCUGGCCCACAAGCUGGCCCACAAGCUGGCCCAUCAACCCGCAUUACUGUCGACAAUGAAGUUCUUAAGGAUCUUGCUCCCUCACAGCAGCUAGUGAUCCGAACACUACAAGAAAAGACACGCUUAACAACAGCAUAUGCUCGCAUGUGUGCCGAGCAAGCUCAGUUUGACUUGCAAAAAUCACUGGAACUUUUCCAGCAAUCUCAAAGUGCUAUUCCUCCAGAAGGAUUCAUUCAUUAA